AUGACCACCGACAAAACAAUAACAAUCCCCAUAAUCGGCGCCUCCUUCGCCGGCCUCACCACCGCCCACUCCCUCCUCUCCCACUUCACCACCAACAAAUCCAAAAGCAUCAAAAUAAAAAUCCUCCUCAUCAACCCCACCCCCAACUUCUACUGGGCCAUCGCCGCCCCACGCAUCCUCACCAAGCCAACUGCCUUCUCCGAAUCACAGUACCUCAUCCCGAUCGCCGACGGGUUCGCAAAAUACUCCCCCGAGGUAUUCGAAUUCAUCCUAGGAAGAGCUACAUCUCUCGACUUCGAGAAUAAACUCCUCCAGGUCGAGGAAUCCACCACCAACAACACCAACAAGGCCCUGAGAGAAAUCAAAUACGACUACCUCGUCAUCGCAUCAGGAAGCACCCCCUCCGCAUCAUCCUCAUCACCACUAUUCCCCGGUGAAACCGAAAACAAAGAUGCAGAUAGGAAAGAAAUGAUCUACCCCUUCAAACUCUCCCCCACCUCCACAUCCACAAUAACAGAGACAAUCCAAUCCGCACAAUCCACCAUCUCCACCUCCAAAAAAAUCACCAUCAUCGGCGCCGGCCCCAUCGGGGUAGAACUCGCCGGUGAACUUGCCGACCUCACUUCUUCUGCUUCCGAAGAGAAGAAGGAUAUCACUUUGAUUUCCUCAACACCGCGCAUUCUUCCCAUCUUGAAAGAAUCCGCGAGCGGGACGGCGACGUCUCUCCUCACGAGUAAAGGCGUGCGAGUUCUCGCCAAUACCAAGGUUAUUUCUGUCUCUUCGAAAGCAGGAGGUGGGUAUGAACUCAAGUUCGAGAAUGGGGAGACGAUGGAUACGGAUAUUUAUAUCCCUACGAUUGGAGUCCUACCUAAUACUUCUUACAUCCCCGGGGAGGUGUUGGAUGAGAAGGGCUGGGUGAGGGUGGAUUCGGAGUUGAAAGUGGUGGGUGUGGAUGGGGUGUAUGCGGCUGGGGAUGUUACGGAUUGUAAGCAGAAGUUGUCGUUCAAGGCGGAUGAGAUGGCGGGGGUGGUGGUGGGGAAUUUGGUGAAUGAUAUUGAUAAUAGUGCUGGGAAGGGGGGGAGGGGGUGGUGGAGGGGGUGUGGUGGUGGGAGGAAGACGUAUGAUGAAGGGACGGAGGUGAUGAUGGUGGUGCCCGUGGGAAGUUCUGGGGGGACGGGACAGGCGUUUGGGUUGGUGUUGUUUAGUUUUAUGGUGUGGUUGGCGAAGGGGAGGGAUUAUUUUAUUUGGAAGGCUAGGGGGUAUGUGUUUAAAUAG